AUGAUCGAACAGAGUGGAAGUAGAUCUUUAAAAAAAAAAAGAAAUGUAAAAUUAAGCCUUAAUAGUACUAGUUCUCCUCUUGUUUCUCAGCAAUCGCUAAAGGGAUCACAAGAAGAUGGACUUACUCAGAGCUUGAACGAUCUAGAAAUCGGGUUAGAAUUCAGACUGGAUUUAAAAGCAGAAGAUUUGUUGCCAGUGAAAGAAGUUGGUGCAGGCAAUGGAGGCACGAUUAUUCACAUUGAUGUUAAUCCGACCGUUCGAAAACAAAUUCAUCGAGAACUCCAGGUUCUUCAUGAUUGUAAUUCGAGAUACAUCGUUUCAUUUUAUGGAGCAUUCACGAGUGAUGCGGGUAUUUCGAUGUGUAUGGAAUUCAUGGAUGUUGGCGUACGAUCGGAUGUUUGGUCAGUCGGUAUUACUUUGAUGGAGUUGGCGAUGGGUCGGUUUCCAUUUCCUCCAGAUGGUAGUCAGCUUACCGUUUUGGAGCUUUUACAACACAUUGUACAUGAACCAGCACCCAAACUACCGCAAGGUCAAUUCCCUGAGGACUUUUCUGAUUUCAUUAAUAAAUGGUAUGUAGAUAUAUAUGUUCAUAUUUAA